AAAAGUCAUCAAUUACGAAUGACGUACAAGUAAACAGCAACAACAACAUGAGUUUUGACACAUUUAUUAAUAUUUAUGUCGGUAUCAGUGCGGAUGAUGUUUAUCUUUGAUAAGAAAUAAAAACAAAGGCAACGCCACGAGCAGUCAGACUAAAUGCCCUUCUGCUCUAUUUAUUGAAAAUAGGAUUAAAAACAGUGUACCAGUAGUCGGCACUUUAAGGCUUUACUCAUCUUCAAAAUUCCAUUCCCGCAAACAUCAAAGGCGAAUCACAGCGGUGAUGCCGUUGCAGUGACUUGAUAUCAGAGCCCCAUUAAGGAAAAUAAGCGACAAUUGUGAUUGAACCCUCUUUUAAUUGUUCAAAAAAAGUAUUUUUACGCAACAUAGAGCAUCGACAACAAAAAAGAUAGCAAAACAACAACAAGACUCAUCAUCGAAUGGGGAAAACGGUGGGAGAACGACCUCCAACAAAUUGUAUUAAACAAUGCCGCCAUCGACAAUGAAUGAAAGAAAAUACCUACACUUCCAACUAAAUGUAACGACAACAACAAACUAAUGAUUGUCGGAAACAAACAACAAGACCGCCAUUAAUUUCUUCAACAAAAAUUGACAUCAAAACAAAAACCGCUAAAAACGACAAGCAAGCAAAUUUCCAGAUAAAGAAUAACUAAAAGCAAAUCAUCACAACCAUUGCUUUGUUUGAAGGGGGGUUGUUAACUAAACUCUUUCUCUUGAUAAAGAGAACAGCGACACUCUCUUUUGAACCAGCCAGCAGCGUCAUCAAGUUCAAAGUCAACAAAACAAAACCAGCAAAGCUUUUUCGGUUUUGGUAUUUCAUUGUUUUUGUGAUUCUCCUCACAUAACAAAAACAACUGUUAUUGUUCACUCGCUCUCUAAAUUGGAGCUCACUCUUAUUCUCACUGUUGACGGCAGAGCUCCCCAACACGUACAGAGCAGAGGUGCUUUACUUGGCUAUUUAUUUAUUUUUGCAUUGCAAACACGUUGUACGUGUUUCUCUCACUCUCCCUAUCUCUCACCGGACACCAUCAACAACAAAAAACUGCUUACAAAUGAGUAACGAUUCGUCUGCGAGUGAAACAACACCGCUUCGACGGCCGGAAGAAGAAAGCUAUCGCCAUUUACCCGUGGAUGAAAAUUCAUUGACGGCAAGUGUCACAACCAAGCUAUUAACGUCGCGUAACGGUUUACCGGUCGCUUCCACGUCCCACAACGGUGUCAAAUCGAACGCCCGUUUCAAUACGAUUGCCGUGGCGCAUCACGGCAACAGUAGCAACAACAAUACAAAUCACAAUAUUGAAGUUCAUUUAACAGCCGCAUCGGACCAACUUCGCCAUCGUUCACCGUUGGACGCCAACCACAGUCCCUUUACUCCAACUCCAAACGUCAACUACCUCAACAAAAUGGAUACCACAAACAAAAGGAUUCUAUGCCGGAUCGGAUUAGAUGUUCUGAUUUUAAUUUGUGUUCUCUUCCCCAUUCUGUGCUUUUUCCUGUGGGGCGAGUCGUAUAAACGCGGUUUCUUUUGUGACGAUGAAUCGCUGAUGCAUCCUUUCAAAGAAUCCACAAUCAAUAAUUUCUUGUUGUAUUUAAUUGGUCUGGUGCUUCCUGUUGUUGUGAUUAUUAUUGUGGAAAUAAUCCAGUCGCGUCAUCAAGAGAAAAUCUCAAAUGGCAAUAACACUGGCAGACGUUACGUUUUUAUGGACUAUGAAAUACCCGAAUGGCUGGUCCAGUGCUACAAGAAAAUCGGAGUCUUUGGCUUUGGAGCUGGUGUUGGCCAAUUGACGACAGAUAUUGCCAAGUACUCGAUUGGGCGUUUGAGGCCACAUUUCUUUGCGGUCUGCCAGCCUAUCAUGGCUGAUGGCACUACAUGCGCCGAUGCCAUAAAUCAAGGCAAAUAUAUAACAAAUUUCCAUUGUGCUGGUGUUGGUUCCUCCGAACGUAUGUUAAAAGAAGUUUCCCUAUCGUUUCCCAGUGGACAUUCGAGUUUUACCUUCUAUGGCAUGGUUUACUUGGCGAUUUAUCUGCAGUGCCGCAUGACAUGGCGUGGCUCCAAACUGAUGCGUCACUUUCUGCAAUUUAUCGGCAUCAUGUUGGCCUGGUACACCGCCUUGAGCCGUGUUUCCGACUACAAACAUCACUGGUCUGAUGUUUUGGGUGGUUCAUUGAUUGGAUCAAUUGUUGCCAUUGUGGUGACCAACUACGUUUCGGAUUUAUUUCCCAACAAAUCGACGUCGAAAUCUUAUGUCUUGCCAACCUGUACCCGUGAUGUGACACCACAAACAACGUUAAGUUCCAAUGGCAAUUAGGGGCAGCAGAAUUGGAAUACAAGAUGCACAUUACUAAAACGCUUAUAAGAAACAGAAAAAAGUCAACAAAACGAGAAGAUAAUUAGACAACCAUUUAUGGAGCCAGGCUAACAUUCUACAACAAAUCUAAGAGGAAGUUGGAAGUUCAUAGUAUUUAUUUAAAAAAAAAAAAACUAAAUGAUAGCUUAUUAUAAAUCAAUUAAGUAAUAAUUUUUUAACAAAAAUGAUUCUAUAUAAAUAUAUAUAUUUUUUGUAAUUUAAGUCACAAGACAAACAAACACUCGCAAUUAUAUUUCUUAACAAACAUAACCUAAAAAGUAAUGAAUGUAAAGAAAAUCUAUUUAAAAACCAUAACAGAAUUUUCCUUUUGUUAAAUAAGACCAUUUUUCAAAGAAUUUAUUUACACUUAAACAACAGCAAGAGCAACACGAAAAUUCAGCAAUAUUUAUAGUUAAAACAAGCCAAGCUUUCAAAUAUUGACAAAAAAAAUGUAAAUACACCAGCAGGUCUACAAUUAUAGAUAUAUUAUUCAUAUAUUUUUUUGUUUUAUCUCUAGUAAUAAGACAAAACUAAAUGGAAUUUAAUUUAAAUUAAUAACAAAACAAAAUACAUUUAAAUAUUCUUAUAAAAUUAAACAAUAUUCUAAAUAGCUGUUUUAGCACAUCUAAUGUCAGUCCGAAAGCUUAGCAAAAUAAUUAGCACCUCAAGUGUCUUCCUUUGUUUUCAAAAAGGGAUUUUUAAAUCACAUCCAAACACCCGCAAACAUAGUAGUAUUGUUGAAAUAGAAUAAUGAUUCUAAGUAAAAUUGUUGAAAACAAAUCAUGUAGUUAUGUACAAUAUUUUGGAAAAUUGCAAAACAAAAAGAAAAAGAAAUAAAAUUAAACAGUAAUUACAAUAAAAAAACAUAAUUCCUAAAAAUAUUAUAAGAAUAAAGUUAUAAACAACACUCAA